GAAACUUCAAUUUCCCGUCCCUAAAUUCUGCAACGCAAGAAUCUCUGAAUCUCAUUUCUUAGAUAAACAUCGAAUGCAUGGCUUCGUGCCGUCUUAAUUUUCCUCCUAUUCUCUGGCAUCCGUCCGAUUCGCCGCGUCUUUCUUCCACAUGUCAACUUCAAACCCGAAUUCCCUCCCACGCCUCUCACCCCGCUCUCAUUCCCUUUCCUCUCUCCAAAACCUGUAAGAUCCCCUCUUCCACCGCUCGGCGCCGUUGCUCUGGCGCUGUAAGGUCUCACAUGACCAUGGAGGAGAAGCCAAUUUCUGAGGACAAAAUGCUUGUUUAUGUGCCUCCGCAUCCGCUGAUCAAGCACUGGGUUUCCGUUCUGAGGAACGAACAGACUCCUUGUCCUAUCUUCAGAAAUGCAAUGGCUGAGUUGGGAAGGCUACUAAUGUAUGAAGCUUCAAGGGAUUGGCUGCCAACUGUUGCAGGAGAGAUUCAGUCACCAAUGGGUGUUGCCUCUGUCGAAUUCAUUGAUCCAAGGGAGCCUGUGGCUGUAGUUCCAAUCUUAAGAGCUGGUCUUGCUCUUGCAGAACACGCAUCAUCAAUCUUGCCUGCAACAAAAACAUAUCAUCUAGGAAUAAGCAGAGAUGAGGAAACGCUUCAGCCAACUAUAUAUCUGAACAAGUUACCUGAUAAGUUUCCAGAAGGAUCUAAAGUUUUGGUGGUUGAUCCUAUGCUAGCAACAGGUGGUACUAUAGUGGCAGCUCUCAAACUCUUAAAGGAUCGUGGAGUUGGCAACAAACAGAUUAAAGUGAUAUCUUGUGUCUCUGCCCCGCCAGCCCUUCAGAAGCUGAGUGAGCAAUUCCCUGGCCUUCAUGUCUAUACUGGAAUUAUUGAUCCCACUGUGAAUGAUAAAGGGUUCAUAAUUCCUGGCCUUGGAGAUGCAGGGGACCGUAGCUAUGGCACAUGAAAUUAUCUCAUCUGUUUCCGACCCAUCUUUGGGUGUCAUCUGCUCAUCUUGCAAUUUUGAUAUAUUAUCAUCAUCAUUAUUAUGGUUAAACAUUAUUUCCAGCAAAAGCAGCUAAGUUUUCCA